UUGAUACUUGAAAAUUGAAAUAAACAAGUUGCAAUAGAAGAAUACUUUGUUUAGUGGUUAGACAUCAAGUGUUUUCUCCAAACUAACAUGCGAGUAUCUUCUAGUUUACGAAGAAAGAAAUAAACAAAAGUUUCUUGACUCCUAACCUUUCAUUUCUGUUUCAUAAUGUUUUCAAACAGUGAAACAUCAUAUAGAUUAACAGUUCUUGGCUACCUCAUUUUGCAUAAUUUGGUAGGGUCCAUAAUUACAUCACAAACAAAAACAUCAAUCACGUACCAUAAUAAUAGGUCCCACAUUAUCAUCUCUCUGAGUAGCACUACGAGUAUAUUAUUCCCAUAAAUCAAGUAGGUGUGAAAAAAUAAAAGGAAGAAAAAAAAAACUCAAUGGCUUCAAUGUCAAAAUUCUUAUACUACAAGCCUACUUCGAGUAUUUAUCAUCACAAAGCAAAACAUGCCAUACUUUUUCUUUUCCCGCUCUUUAAAAAUGCUACUAUAAUUUGCUUAAUUUUCCACUUACUUUCAAUAAUUUAUGUUAUUAUAUAUUAAUAUCAGUACUACCUCGAACACUGAUAUAGUAGUCAAAUAUUUGUGCCUGCUUUUCAAAAUCAAAAUCAAAAUCAAAAUCUUCUGAUUUUUUUGCUGCAAACAUUUAAUCACACAUUCUCAAACUCUUUCNCUUCAAAUUUUAUCAUUUUCUCAAUUAAACUCUUAUGCUUCAAACAGAAACUUUUUUCACUUGAGAUGGAAACUGUGAAACCAAAAUCAGCAAUGAACAACAGGAGACAAAAAUUUGCCAAGACAUUCCAGAAGGUAAUUAGUCUCAAAAGUGCAACAAAAAUUGCUUCAAACAAUGGCAUUUGCAUGCUAAACUCAAAUCUCAAAGUGAAAGAAGAUCUUUCCACAGAUCAUCAGACCAAAACCAAAGGCAACAACAACAACAACAACAGCAAGGUGCGAAAUCGAAACAAAGCGGUUAUGGAAGCUCUAAUUGCAAGACUAUUUGCAGGAGUUACAACCAUAAAAGCAUCAUAUGCAGAACUUCAAAUGGCUCAACAUCCUUACAACAAUGAUUCAAUUCAACAAGCUGAUCAAGCAGUGGUUGAUGAACUAAGAUCCAUCUCAGAAUUGAAAAGAAGGUUCUUGAAGAAAGAGCUUGAUCUUUCACCUCAAGUUACAAUAAUGCUAUCAGAGAUUCAAGAACAACAAAGCAUAAUGAAAACAUACGAAAUCACCAUCAAAAAGAUUCAAGGUGAGGUUGAUGCAAAGGACUCUAAAAUCUCAUCUCUUAGAAAACAACUUGCUGAAUGCAUUGCAUUCAAUAAAUCACUUGAAAAGAAACUCAACAAUAGUGAAUCUUUGUCACUCUUUGUUAACCUUGAACUUUCAAUGUUGAAUCCAAACCACUUUGUUUAUUUUCUUCAACACACUUUAAAAUCAAUAAGGAGUUUUGUGAAGCUUAUGAUUGGAGAAAUGGAAUCAGCUCAUUGGGAUCUUGAAGCAUCUGUCAAAUUCAUCCACCCAAAUGCAAACUUCACAAAACCAAAUCACUUUUGCUUUGCUUUUGAAUCAUUUGUAAGCAUAACAAUGUUUGAAGGCUUCAACUACCCAAAUUUCAUUGUUCAAGAUGACCCUUUUCAAAAAAAUCAAAAUAUUCAACACCAUAGCCAUCAAAGUCUCUACUUUGACAAAUUCAAAAAGCUCAAAUCUUUGAACAUGAAACAGUACUUAGAAACCAACCCAAAAUCUUCUUUUGCAAGAUUCUUAAAAUCCAAAUACAUGCAAUUGGUUCAUGCAAAAAUGGAAUGUUCUUUAUUUGGAAACUUGAACCAGAGGAAAGUAGUGAAUUCUGGAGGGUACCCAGAUUCUGCUUUUUUCUUAGCUUUUGCUGAGAUGGCAAAGCGCGUUUGGACCCUGCAUUAUUUGGCAUUGUCAUUUCAAGAAGAAUUCAACAUUUUUCAGGUGAAGAAGAACACUAGAUUCUCUGAGGUUUACAUGGAAAGUGUUACAGAAGAACCAGUUUCAACUUCAGGUGAUUCCACCGAUUCGAAUUCCGGCGAGCUUCGGGUGGUUUUCACGGUGGUGCCGGGUUUUAAAAUUGGUAAAACAGUGAUACAGAGUCAAGUUUACAUGUCUUUGAUGGAUUCUCCUUCAAGUUCAAGAUAGAAAUUAAAUUAGUAUUAUAUUGUACCAUAUAUUAUGAGUAUAUAAUACUCAUAAUAAUGUACUGUUAUUAUAAUUAGGCAUUAGUUUUAUAGUUUUAAGAUAUUGAUUAAAUGUAAUAAGCAGUCCAUUGUUUAGUUAAGAAAAAAAUAAUGGAUGCUAGCUAGCUAAAGUAUUCAUGUAUAAUUAGGCAUUUUUUAAGUUGUAUUGUACAUUUGAUCUCAAAAUAGGGAUGAUUUAGGUGCUAAGGGCUAUACAUUUUUCAAUUCUCAUCAAUCAAUAGUACUUGUAUGUUAUCUUGUAUGUAUGAUGGUACUAUACUGUAAUCAGAUAAUUCAGUUUUA